AUGGAGAAGGAGUGCAUUGAUUUCGAUGGAUCAGGACCAGGAGCCUAUGACAAAGCUAAAAGGAUGAGUGAGAGUGAAAAAGCGAAAGGACCUGGGAAGAAGAAGGGGAAGAAGAGACACCGUGAAGAGAAAUCGGAGGGGAAGACUGGAAGAAGAUGGAGAGACAGCGACCAUUUUUCAGAAGAGCGACCAAAGAUUAGAAAAAGGACCAGGGAGGACAGCUCAGAACAACCCAAAAAGAAUGGAAAAAGGAUCAGGGAAGACAGCCCAGAAGAGCAACCCAAAAAGAUCAUGGAGGGCAGCCCAGAAGAGCACCCUAAGAAACAAGAAAAAAGAACCAGGGAGGACAGCCCAGAAGGUGAAAGUGACCGGAAGAGACCUCGUGCUGAUCCUAAAGGGCUGAACCCGCUGCAACUAUGUAACUACACCUUCUAUUCCGUGAUUGGGGGAGGAGGCUAUGGCACGGUCAUGCUGGCUUCAUUAAAAGACAGGAGGUCAAAUGUGGCAGUUAAAAUCCUCAAGAAGAAGCCUGGCAGUUUCAGCAGCAUCCGGGCCGAGGCAAAUAUACUGAGGAUCAGCGGAGGAAGCCCAUACCUGUGCCAUGGAUAUGCCGCUUUCCAAACUCAGCGGCAUGCCUUCCUCGUCAUGGAAUAUGCCAGCGGGGGAACCCUGAAGGAUCAGCUGAGAACACACGGCGCACUGGAUAUGACCAGAGUCGAGUUCCACUCUGCAGAGCUGGUUUGUGGUCUCCAGUUUCUUCAUGACAACGGCAUCAUUCAUCGGGACCUCAAACCAGACAACAUUCUGCUGGACCAAGAGGGCCACAUAAAAAUAUCAGAUUUUGGCAUGUCCCAGCAGAAUGUAUUUGGCAACAGAACCGUCACUGGCAGAGCAGGAACUCUUGGUUAUAUAGCCCCGGAGAUCUUCUUGAACAAGGCAUACAAUGCGGCGGUGGACUGGUGGGCACUUGGAGUCAUCAUCUGCGAGAUGGCCACCGGUGAGUCCCCAUUCCCAGAGGAAAGCGAUGACGAGAAUUUCAUCGAUGGAGUCAUCAGCGACGAGCCCAACAUCCCUUACUGGCUGAGUGGGGAUCUCAAAGAUCUACUGAGGGAGCUACUGGAGAAGAAUCCUGACCGGCGCCUUGGUGUGAAUGGCAACAUCAGGCACCACCCAUUCUUUUCAGCCAUUGAGUGGGAGGAGCUGGAAGAGCAACUAACACCACUCCCUUUCGACCUAAGAGCACCAUCAAAGGAGCACAUUGAGCCAGAUGAAGGAAAGGCUCUGUCAUUCCUGGAGUCCCCGAAGAACAUCAAUGCAUCAGGGGACAAAAUGAAAAUCCCAGGCCUUUCCUUUAUCAGUUGCAAUUGGCAGGAUUAA